AUUGUUUAUUUCUCCCCACUAUUGCUUUCUGUUAAAAAAACAAAGUUUCGAGAUUCUUGGAGGAAGUUCUACAGAGACACAGAGGAAAGGUUUUUCUCUGUGAUUUCUUAGGAGUAGCGAACGAAGGGAAAAAGAAGGGGUGAUUCGGAAUUCGAUUUGGGGAUGGCGUCCAGAGCUGCUGUGGUUCAAGAGCAACAACAACCUAGGGGGAAGUUGAAGAAUGCUCCGGCGGCCGCCGAUGGGCGGAGCCGGCGAGCCCUGGGAGACAUCGGUAACUUAGUAGGCGGCGGCGCUGCCGCCGUAGAGACGAAGCCCCAAAUCAAUCGCCCCGUCACGAGGAGCUUUGGCGCGCAGUUGCUGGCCAAUGCUCAAGCUGCUGAUAAGAACAACAACUUCAAGAAACCGGCCGGGGCAGAGAACGCAACCGCCAUCUUGGCCGGAAAAGCCGCCGGCGCCGCCGGCGUACCUGAGAAGAAGAAGGAAGUCCUGAAGCCAAAGAAGCAUAACAAAAAAAGCCUCACCUCGAUUCUUUCCGCACGCAGCAAGGCUGCCUGUGGGAUCGCCAAGAAGCCAAAGGAUGAACUUGUGGCCGACAUCGACGCAGAAGAUGCCGGAAACGAAUUAGCCGCCGUCGAAUAUGUCGAGGACAUGUACAAUUUCUAUAAGCUCACCGAGGACGACGGUCGAGUGGCUGACUACAUGUCGUCGCAGCAGCCGGAGAUCAACGCGAAAAUGCGAGGCAUUCUGGUCGACUGGCUAAUAGAAGUCCACAAGAAAUUCGAACUUGUGCCGGAGACCCUCUACCUGACGGUGAACAUAGUCGACCGUUUCCUCUCCGUAAAAACGGUCUCAAGGAGGGAACUUCAGCUCGUCGGAAUCAGCUCGAUGCUCAUCGCCUGCAAAUACGAAGAAAUUUGGGCGCCGGAAGUGAGCGACUUCACCGCCAUUUCCGACGACGCCUAUGUCCGGGAGCAAGUGUUGAUUAUGGAAAAGGCGAUUUUGGGGAGACUCGAUUGGUACCUCACGGUGCCGACGCCGUACGUUUUUCUUGCCCGAUACAUCAAGGCCUCGAUCCCGGUGGAUAAAGAGAUGGAGAAUAUGACGUUUUUUUUCGCGGAAAUGGGGCUGACGAAUUAUGCGGCGAUGACAAAUUAUCGGCCGUCGGAGCUGGCGGCGGCGGCAGUGUACGCUGCCCGGUGCACACUUGCUCGGACUCCGGAGUGGACCGGGACGCUCGAGCAUCAUACGGGAUAUUCCGAGGAUCAACUCGUGGAAUGUGCUCGAGUUCUGGCGAGUUUCCAUGGCGGCGGCGGGGAGAAUAAUAAGCUGAAGGCGGUGUGGCGGAAGUACGCCAGCCCCAGCCGGAGCGCGGUGGCGCUGUUCCCGCCGGCGAAGAGACUGACAGAGUGAGAGAAACCACCGACCGGAGAUCGUUUUGCUGAUAUAUAUAUAUAUAUAUAUGUGUGAUAAAUACAUUCUUUAUCACACUACACUAUGUGUCUCUCUGUUUGUUUGUUUUUUAAUUUUAUUUUGAAGAACAAUGUUGUUUGUUGUCUGUCGAAUUUAAAGAUUCAUGAAAGAAAAAUUAAGC